AUGUUGGUUCGUAGAAUAGCUGCCAUUGCAGCAACGCUCCUCCCGAAAGUCUUUGCCCAGAAUAUCAUCAGCCUUAGUGGCCACGACUGGAUCUUGUCAAACUCGGACUUGAACAUUUCCUGCCCUGCCUCAUUGCCAUCUCAAGCUCAUCUUGACCUUCACGCCUGCCAGGUCAUAGGGUCGCCAUACUAUGGCCUAAAUGAUUUCAACCUUCGGUUUGUAGCCUGGGCCAAUUGGACAUAUACCAGUGCUCCCAUUUCCAACCUCCAAGCCAAUUCAUCUUCAACAUGGCUAGUGUUCAAUGGACUGGACACCUUCACAAGCAUAUCAUUCUGCGGAGAGCACGUUGCCGCAACAAACAACCAGUUCCGUCAGUACUAUUUCGAUGUCUCGGCCAUCUUCGACGACUGCCAGGACGACCCAGUUCUUAGUGUCAAUUUCGGAAGUGCUCCAAAAAUAACACAGGAAACCGCAGACGAACCUGGUCAAGAGACAUGGCCAUACGGGAUCGAGAUCAUGUAUGAGUUCCCGAACAGGCAAUUUAUGAGGAAAGAACAGAACGAUUUUGGAUGGGAUUGGGGUCCAGCCUUUGCUCCUGCAGGUCCAUGGUAUGUGCAACCAGCAUGGAUAGUGCAAUUGAACAACCCAGAGGUCUACAUCAGGAACUCUCUUGUCGAUAUCUAUCGCCAAGGACAGCUAAACAACCUACCUCCAGAUCAGAGCCAGCCAUGGGUUGUGAAUGCUAGUCUGGACUACUUCGGAGCGAUUCCGAAUGGUGCAUCUCUACGCUAUAUCAUCUCUACUCCUGACAAUACUGCUGUUUCGAGCGGGUCGUUAUCAAACAUUAAUAUAACCCAGGGUACAGUGACAGGAUCGACAGUGGUCGACUCUUCUCUUUUCGAGCUAUGGUGGCCGAGUGGCUUAGGACCACAAACACUGUACAACAUGACCAUAACUCUCGAGGACAGCCGGAACAACACACUAGCAAGUGUCAACAAAAGGACCGGUUUCCGCACCAUUGUCCUGAACGAGAACCCGAUCAGCCAAGCACAACUUGAUCAAGGGAUAGCACCAGGCAACAACUGGCACUUCGAGAUCAACGGACAUGAGUUCUAUGCUAAAGGCUCAAACUUCAUCCCACCUGAUCCUUUCUGGCCUACUGUCACCGAGGAAAGAAUGCGAACGCUUUUCGAGGCCGUAGUUGAGGGGAAUCAAAACAUGCUUCGCAUUUGGUCUAGUGGAGCAUACCUUCCCAGUUUCAUCUAUGAUCUUGGAGAUGAGUAUGGUAUCCUCCUUUGGAGCGAGUUUGAGUUCGGAGAUGCUCUGUAUCCUGUGGAUGAACUUUUCCUCGAUAACGUGAGGGAAGAGGCAGAAUACAAUGUGCGACGAGUCAACCACCAUCCCUCACUGGCUGCCUGGAUGGGAGGCAACGAACUGGAAAAUUUGGAGUUGGCGAACGUUAACAACACAGCUCCAGAAGAGUAUGAUCGCUACGUGUCUGAGUAUGAGAAGCUGUUCCUCGACACUCUUCUUCCAGUAGUAUUCGGCAACUCUCGAAGUAUCAGCUACGCACCCUCUAGCACAAGCAAUGGGUGGCUGGAGCUCAAUUUCUCCAACCCGAUCCCCAUCGUUGAGCGAUACAACAACCUGACCGAAGGGUCAGUAUACGGCGAGACAGAUCAUUACAAUUAUGAUCCGACCGUCGCUUUCAACCUCUCCUCAUACCCUAUCGGUCGUUUCUCAAACGAAUUCGGGUACCACUCCAUGCCCUCCCUCCAGAGCUGGCAACAAGUGAUCCCAGAAUCCCAGCUCUACUUCAACUCUUCCUACGUCCAGCUACGCAAUCGCCACUACCCACCUGGCGGUCUAAACACCACAAACUACUAUAACAGCAGUCUUGGAAUGGGCGAGAUGACAAGAGCUGCUAUUGAGUGGUAUCCUGUGCCAAACAAGAUUGAUAGUGUGGCCAAUUUCUCUGCUUGGUGUCAUACUACGCAGAUCUUCCAGGCAGAUUUCUAUCGCUCGCAGAUUGAGUUUUAUCGCAGAGGUAGUGGACUUCCUGAGCGUCAGUUGGGAUCUUUGUAUUGGCAACUUGAGGACCAGUGGACGGCACCCACCUGGGCAGGCAUCGAAUAUGACGGUGAGCUUGGAGCUGGCCGCUGGAAAGUGUUGCACUACAUUGCAAAGGACGCAUACCAACCAGUCAUCAUCGCACCAUACUAUAAUGUCACGACAGGUGAUUUGGAAGUAUACGUAACCUCUGAUCUCUGGCAAGCCGUGUCAGGAACAGCUAGCUUCAGCUGGUACGACUGGUCAGGUAAUCGCCUAAACAUCUCAGCAGCACCCAGCGCACAAGUCAACGUGGGCGCCAUCAACUCCACACGCGUGCUUUCGACCAACACUUUCGACAUCUUGAACAGCACUGGCUUCAACUACUCGGAUGUGUUGCUGCACAUGGAAACGACAGUCCAAGGUAUGAUGCCCAACAGCAAUCAGAGCAAGACAUUCACACAUGAAAACUGGUUCCACGCGUCUCCAUUGUCGACAGCAGCGAUGGUAGAUCCUGGGCUUGAGUUGUCGUAUUUGAACAGCACCAAGAACUUCAGUAUAACUGCGACUUCUGGUGUGGCUGCUUGGGUGUGGAUAGACUAUCCAGCAGGCGCUGUGGUUACUUUUGAUAGCAAUGGAUUCUGGUUGCUGCCAAACCAGACACGUGAAGUUGGGUACAAAGUCAAGGCCGACUCUACUGAGGGUGGAUGGAUUCAAGGAGUCUCGGUGGAGAGUCUGUACAAUAACACGAUUGCGUGAUGAGUUGCUCGUGGAGAGUAAGCACUUCUUGCCUUCUCACUAGCCGUAAUACAAAUCUCAAAAGCAGUCGUGCGUUAUGACAGACAGCCAACAAAUGACUUGCCGGUGGGGUGUGAUGCUGGCCAGUAUGUUCGUUCUGCAUGGGUUCGAGACAUUUGAGUGACGGGACUCAGUUUAAGAUGUUUCCUCAGUCGUGCCUUCCUUAGAUUUGGCUCGGCGUUGCUCUUGCCACUCAGACCUGUAGGGAAGCUCGCCAUCGACCGCUCCACGUUGCGAAAAAGCGAGCAGAGAAACGUAAUCGUCAAAUUUUGCCACUUGGUUCACAAUGCCAUCGAUUAAAUAAUU